CUGAAGAAAGAUUAUUAUUUGAGAAUGCUUUCUUAUGCAAUGGCGUCUCUAAGGGGUAGGAUCUUAAGCACAUUCUUCAUUUCAAGCUCUGCAAAUCACAUGUUUUUCCCUAGCUUCUCUCUGUAUGCCUUGUUCUUAUGCCUUAGCUUUACCUGCUGCUUUGCAAGAGACACCAUAACGUUUCACAAUCCCAUUAAUAGCUCGGGAGGGUCACUUAUAUCUGCCAGUGAGAAAUUCGAGCUUGGGUUUUUCACUCCUAACGGGAGCUCCCACGGGGAACUAUUCGUUGGCAUCUGGUAUUACGGCGUGGGACCACGGACAAUUGUAUGGGUUGCCAACAGAAAUAAAUCAGUGUCUAAUUCAACGACCUGGGUUUUUGGCAUUAGUAAUGAUGGUAACCUCAAGCUUUCUGAUGGAAGUAACCCUCCUGACACAUUGAUCGAUGAUCUUGAAGACAUUUCCGCUCCUUCUAUGAUGACGUUGACGCUCAUGGAUUCUGGAAACCUGGUUUUAAGGGAAGGUCGAGAUAAUGGCUCGGCGAAAGUGGUUUGGCAAAGUUUUCUUGAACCGACUGAUACAUUUCUUCCUGGCAUGCGGUUUAGUGAGAUCCUCAAGUUGACUUCAUGGAAAAGUCCACAUGACCCUGCCUCAGGAUCCUUCGUUUUCCGGCAAGAUGAAACAGGAGGAGGAAACGAAUACAUCAUCACUAACAACCAACCGAUACCGUACUGGAAAAGUGGAUUAUCUGGAAAAUUCAUUCCCAAUGAUGAAAUUCCGACUUUUAUUUCCCGUUUCUUGCUUAAUAAUAUCAGUCAGAGUGGUAUACCGAAAUAUUGUCCAUUUUCGAAGCAUAAUCGUACAAAUAUUCCGAGCCAUUGUAAUGGUACGCCACCCCAAAGCUACGACUACAACAACACCAGAUUAGUCAUGGGUUUCGAUGGAAAGUUGCGGUUUUUUAAACGGUAUAAUCAGAAGGAUGAGUGGUCGAGUAUCUGGUGGGAGCCAAUGGACAGAUGUAGCGUGUUUCAUGCUUGUGGCAAGUUUGGUAGUUGCAAUAACGAGAACAAGGUACCCUGCAAGUGUUUACCUGGGUUUCAACCACAAUCACCGGAUAACUGGAACAAUGGAGACUUUUCAGAAGGGUGCAGAAGAAAAUCUUCAGUAUGCAGCAAACACGUCCAGGUUGAGGAAUUCUUGAAAUUAAGCAAGAUGAAAGUGCAGAAGCCAACUUCAAUAUAUGCAGUUAAUGACAGAAAUGAAUGCCAGAGGAUGUGCCUUCAAAACUGCGCUUGUGAAGCUUAUUCAUAUACCGAAGUUGAAACCUACCUAAGGAAUCGUGCAAGUAGUUUUGCUUGCGGGAUUUGGAUAGAUGAUCUAAACAACAUUCAGGAGUCAUAUACAGAUGGGGGUCUUGACCUCUAUCUCCGUGUACAGCGUUCUGAAAUAGAAUCAGGAAACAGGACUUGUGAGACUUGUGGCACUAACAUCAUUCCCUACCCUCUUAGCACUGGAUUGAGUUGUGGUGAUCCAAUGUACUUCAGUUUCAACUGCCAAACUGAAACUGACAGUGCUGAGAUUAGCUUCAAUGCAAGUGGUCAACCCUACCGAGUUAGUAGCAUCAAUCCGAAGACACAAAGUUUUUCCAUCCAAGUUCAAAAUGCAGAAAAAUGUAGGGCAAGGGAUUCAAUGGAAAAACUUCUACAGCUUCCUGGGUCCUCUCCAUUUUUUGUGAGCAGUCCGUGCAAUGCUACCAAGGAUAAUUUUAGUACGGAUUCUUUAAGUGAAGAUAAAUGGUUUUAUGAAGUAGAAAUUGGGUGGAAGCUACCGUUAGAGCCAAUAUGUGGUUCGUCUGAAGACUGCGAAGAUUGGCCAAACUCAUCUUGCAUUGUAGCAGCCGAUGGGAAAAAUAGGUGCUCCUGCAAUCCAUCCUUUCAAUGGGAUCCAUUAAUAUGCAAUUGCAGUACAGAUACUUACUGGAAUCAACGCCGAGGACCUCUGGAGAAACAGAAGGCAAUAUACUUGAUCUUCCUUGGGGUCACUGCAGCCAUGCUGUUUAUCCUGUGCACUGUUUUUGCUUUGUACCAUAAGAGGAGAAGAAGAAUGAUCAAUGGACAAGGAAAUCUGGAAUUCAGCUUGUACAGCAGUGAGAGACGUGUUAUAGAUUUCAUAAAUUCAGGCGACUUCAGGGACGAUAACAAAACAGACAUAGAUGUACCAUAUUUCGAUCUGGAAAGCGUAUUAGUAGCCACAGAUAACUUCGCCGAAGCAAACAAGCUUGGACAAGGAGGGUUUGGGUCUGUUUACAAGGGUAAGCUUCCACGAGGACAAGAAAUUGCUAUAAAGAGGCUCUCGAGAGGUUCAGGUCAAGGCUUAGAGGAAUUCAAGAAUGAGGUUGUUUUGAUUGCCAAGCUUCAACAUCGUAAUCUUGUCAGGCUUCUGGGCUAUUGUGUUAAAGGAUAUGAGAAAAUGUUAAUCUACGAGUAUAUGCCCAACAAAAGUUUGGACUCCUUUAUAUUCGAUCGAACGCGAAGCGUGCUGUUGAAUUGGGAGAAGCGCAUUGACAUUAUUUUGGGGAUUGCUCGAGGGAUGCUUUAUCUUCACCAAGAUUCUAGGCUAAGGAUUAUUCACCGGGAUUUAAAAACAAGCAAUAUCCUAUUAGACGAGGAGAUGAACCCAAAGAUUUCUGACUUUGGCUUGGCAAGAAUUUUUGAAAGCAAACAAACAGAGGCGAGCACAGAAAGAGUAGUUGGGACCUAUGGUUACAUGUCUCCUGAGUACGCACUUGAUGGAUUUUUCUCAAUCAAAUCGGAUGUUUUCAGUUUCGGUGUGGUACUCCUUGAAACUAUCAGCGGAAAAAGGAACACUGGAUUUUAUCAAGCAGAACAACCCUUAAGCCUCCUAGGUUAUGCGUGGAGGUUGUGGGAAGAUGGCAAGGCUCUGGAUUUAGCUGAGCCGGCUUUGCGUCAAACCUGCAAUGCAAAUGAAUUUCUUAGGUGUGUUAAUGUUGGACUCUUAUGUGUACAAGAAGACCCCUGUGAUCGUCCCACCAUGUCAGAUGUGCUUUUCAUGCUUGGAAGUGAAACUGCAAGUUUUCCCAUUCCCGAACAGCCAGCAUAUGUUGUGAGAAGGUCUCUUUGCAGCUCAUCAGCUUCUUCUACCAAUAAACAGCAAUGGAAUUCAGAGCUUACGGCUAGUUUGGCAGAGGGCUGAUGAUUGUGAAUGCCUUCUUCUCUCCCUGUAGUUGUUACAAUGUCUCGAGUUCAUGAAAACCUAAUUCUUAUGUCCAAUUAUCAGAGUGAUUCAUUUGUAGUGUAAGAAUUUACUUGAAGUGCAUUACUCUGUUUGACACUUUAGUAUUCAGUAAAAUCCUUUCUCAAAAUUCAAAUAACUGCUUUGGCUAUUAUUUGUUGGAGGUAGGCUCUGCUUGCAAUACUCCUCAGCGGGAAUAGUUAGUUUUCAAUUUAGAGAAGUAGUGCUGUGUGCUAAUAACAUGUCUUUUACUUGGUGGUUAUCUAGUUUUUUUUUUUUUAUUUGGUGGUUAUUUGGUUUUUCAUGUUGGCCAUGCUUUGGCAGUUAAAGCAAAUGUAAGGGACAAGCCAUAAACUUAGUGGUGUGGUAAUGCCAAGUAGUGUUAUUUAUUUUUUUGUUAAUUUUAUUUGUUUAUUUUUAACAUUAUCUUUUGUAAGGCUAUAUAAGCCGU